UGACACUACUCUGGGAUAUACUGAACAUAUACUGAACAUAUACUGAACAUAUACUGAACAUAUACUGAACAUAUACUGAACAUAUACUGAACGACAGAGAGGAAGAGGAAGAGGAAACAACCAGGAACUAAAGCACUGUCCCACUAUAUUGACCUGACUGAGGAUAGAGAGAGAGGGGACGACAAGAUAACAAAACAACCAUAACGAGAGAGGGGGAUGAGAUGAGAAGAGGAAACACGGAAUAGACUUUGUUUGGAUCAGAGGGACAGUAUUGUUUCCGAGCUACAACGACAGCGAGCACAGAGCAAUUUCCUUGGUGUCAGGUUCUGGUGUGGUUGCUGUUAGGGACGUGGAGGUUCCAUGCUACUUCAGUGCCAUUGACAGUGCCAGGGCACGCGGUGUGGUAGCGGUAGCAUUGACUGGCUAAUUGCGGACAGAAGGCAGAGGACUUUGUAGCAAUCUGGGGAUGACACCGCUGUUCUCCUCAAUCAGAUAGUGUUCAGCGAGGUGGUGCCGCUGCAGUCCGGUCACCCUCAGUAAGCUAUACGCUCUCCGGGCCGGGCCCUCGCCGCUGCUGCAUUAGGAGCUGCCAAUCAGAACCAACAACCAACUCCGCACGGACCGCAGCAGCUGAACUGAGCUCACUGACAGAGCGGGUAGUGAACACGAGACUCAACACAGGGACUGAACAUAGUGACUGGAAGCAACCGUGUGCAGCAGAGAGAGACAUUGUGCUACUGUAUAAUCAUACAGAAGGAUGACACAUAUAAAGGUUAUACUGUAGGUCUACAGUGGGAGGGUUAGAUAGAUAGAGAGAUAGCCUAUAGAGUAAUGCUAUGUGUGAUACUGUUGGCUGUUUAAGUCACACAGGGAGACAGUAGUCAUUUGUCAAGCAGUUACCAUCACAGCUGGAGACGGUGAUGUGUGAUAGUGAACAGUGGGAGACAAUUUAGCUGAUGACAUGUUUGUGUUGUCAAAAGUAUCAUGUGUGGGGAUGGAGCCCAGAGUUGAGAGAUAUGAGUACAGAAACAGCUUCAUGUACAGUACAGUAUAAUGACUUGUUUCAGAUGGUUUACUCCGAUGUGUCUGUCUGGCUGAUGUAGAGUAAAGAUAUUGGUUUGUUUGGUAUUGGGUUUCUGGUCUGUGGUUUGCCGUUUCACUGGUUCUAGCCUGUUGGUUUGUAUCAUUGCUUUGUUCCAUUGAUUUGAUGUUUAGUUAUGUAGUCCUACACAGCAGUGCAGCUCUGUUUGCAGGCAGUCAUUUGGCUAAUUGUGUGGUGAUAGUUAGUAGCAACGUUGUAAGACAUUCUAGAUCUACGCUGUGGUGAUGUUAGAUCGCUGGUAUUUUAUCAGAAGACUGUAGCUCUGAAGAAUCGUGCGUGUUGUGUACUGGUAAAAACCCGGCUUUGUUGUGUGUCACUGCAGCCCUAGCUGUGCUCUGCUGGACUCUGCUGUGCUCUGUUGGGCUCUGCUGUGCUCCGCUCUGCUGUACGGCGGCUGUGUCCUGUGUCACAGAGGAAGCAUUGAUCAGACAGCUACUGAGGCUCAAUACACAAUGAGGCCUGGCCCGAGAUCUCUUCUCCUCCCAACCCCCCUCUCCCUCUCCCUGCGUGCCCUGGUCCUGCUCUGCCUUGCGCCGCGUUGCCAGGCGGUGCAGGCUGAGAAUGUGACAGUGUUGGAGGGAGGGACGGCCCAGAUCUCCUGUCGUCUGCAGAACUAUGACGGCUCCAUCGUGGUCAUCCAGAACCCUCGCAGACAGACCCUCUUCUUCAACGGCACACGAGCGUUGAAGGAUGACCGUUUCCAGAUGGUUCUCUUCACUCCCCGCCUGGUGCGCAUCACCCUCACCAACGUGAGCGUGUCGGACGAGGGCGGCUACUUCUGCCAGCUCUACACCGACGACACCCACCACCAAGUGGCCACGCUGUCGGUGUCCGUCCCUCCCGACACCCCCACGGUGGAGGUGAGGCAGGAGGCCGUGGAGGGGGGCGAGGUGGAGCUCACCUGCCUGUCGCCGCGCAGCAAGCCUCCCGCCACGCUGCGCUGGAUCAGGGACCGCCGGGAGAUGCCAGGUGUGGUGUCCCAGCAGGAAAAUGGGAAGACCGUGAGUGUGUCCAGCACCAUCCGUCUCUCUGUGGAGAGGAAAGACAACGGGGCAGCGGUCAGCUGUGAGGCAUCCCACCCCGCCCUGGGGGGGCAGAAGAGGGUCCGCCACUACCGCCUCGACGUCCACUUUGCCCCUACAGUGAGGAUCAUCCCUCCCCCUGGCAUCCUCCGAGAGGGAGACUCUCUCAGCCUCACCUGCUCCAUCACUGGCAACCCACUGCCUAGGGAUGUCCAGUGGACUAGGAUUAAUGACACCUUACCUGAGAGGGCGGAGAUCUCUGGCCCCACCCUCCAGGUGUCCCGUCUCAGCCAAUCACACAACGGGACCUACCUGUGUCAGGCGCAGAACAACUACGGCCGUGCCGCCGACCACUACACACUGCUGGUGUACGAGAAUGUGUCUGUCACUACCAUGGUCCUUCCCACCUCCCAUCACGCCACCUCCCACCCAAUCACCCUCCUCAUAACCCCCAGCUACGCACCGGAUCCCCGAGACCCCGGUGCAGUGAUUGAGACCCACAGUGCAGUACCGUACGCUGUGAUAGGGGGCGUCCUGGCUCUGCUGGUCUUCACCAUCAUCUGUGUUCUCAUCAUCACCAUCUGGUGCUCUGUCCGACAGAAAGGCUCAUAUCGUACCCAGGAGCCUAUACUUAAUUGGUACUGACCUAAUUCUAACUGAACUAAUAAUUAAUCACAGGUUCAUAUCUUACCCAUGAGGCCAGUGGGUUGGACGAGCACGGGGAGGUCCAGGAGGCUUUCCUCAACGGGAAUGAUGCCAGUCAGGGCAAGAAGGAGUACCUACUGUAGCCUCCAUCCCCAAAAGCCACACCCCUCCCCCAACACGCCAUGAUGGGUGGCCUUCUGAAUCGACUGUAAUACUACUGCACACAGACCACAUCACAGACCACAACACAGACCACAUCACAGACCACAUCACAGACCACAACACAGACCACAUCACAGACCACAACACAGACCACAACACAGACCACAUCACAGACCACAACACAGACCACAACACAGACCACA